AUGUCCACCACCUUUGUCACUGCUGGCUUCGAUGUCAGUUGCACAAAGGGGGGCCAAGACUACGAUAUGAACCUGAAAACCGGUGCAAAUGCCACAAUUGGUUCUUUACUUAUCUCUUCUAACUCUAUCUACGAGCCUGGGGUAAUCACGGUCAUGACUACCUACAAAGCAGAUUCAGCUGAUAACGGCAAGUUGGUGAACAGCCAAGUGAGGGUUUACAAGUCGGCGGAAUUAGCCAUUAUGGGCUCUGGCCUGAUGGCUCAUACCUACAGAAACUUCACAGACGACGAGCUGGGGAGUAAAAGCAUGAGGUGGAUUGAUCCAACGCCUGCCAUCCUGGACGCCGUCCGCGAGGUGACCUUCCGCACCGCGGUAGCGUUUUCAGAUCCCUCCUCCCAACAGAUAGUUCAAGGCAGCCAGUUGCGUACAACCACUAAAUACAAGAUUAAUAUGAAGUUUUUUGGUGGAACUCUGGCCAUCACUCUUUUCAGCACCUUGGCAGUCGUUAUCUUAUUUCACGGGUUCUGGAGGCUUGGCCGUCCAGUAUCGAUGAGCCCGCUUGAGAUUGCCACCGCGUUUCAGGCACCCAUCACCAAAGGGGCAGUUUCUAUGGCUUCCGAUGCAGAUGAUAUUGCCAAGCAGAUUGGCAGGCGUGAAGUCAGAUACCGGGAUGUGUAUUUGCCGGAUGGAACUCAAUCCAGAGCUAUCACGUCCAACGAAUCCACAGCCUAG